AUGCCCUUUCCUCGCCACGGCCCCCAGCCCUGCCCCUCAACCCCUCAGGGAGAGAGCAGGGCCCUGGGGACAAUCCCUCAGGGAUGCUUCCCCCAGCUCACAGAGGUGCUCAUUCCUGUCGACAUUUGCUCUCUCCCUCCAGAGUGCGUGCUGUGUGGCCAGGCAGCGGAUGACCAAUUUCUCUGCGGGCCGAAAGUAGAUAUGGAAUUGCUGUGUGUGCAUUUCUUUUGCAUGAUUUUUGCCAGUGUGCUUUUUGACUGGCAGGAUGAGGAAUCAGGGGAGCAUAGAUUUGUCACUGAGGACAUUGACCACAUAGUCGAGCGGGCAGCGCGGAAGAAAUGCUUCGUCUGCGGGGAGAGCGGGGCCGCCAUCACCUGUGGCCAGGAGGGCUGCGACCACAGCUUCCACCUGCCCUGUGCCAUGGAGGGUGAAUGCAUCACCCAGUACUUUUUCCCAUACAGGUCCUUCUGCAGGGAGCACCGCCCAGAGCAGGAGGUGGAGGCAGCUCUGGAGGAGGACACCGAGUGCCUCAUCUGCCUGGAGCCUGUGGAGGACAGAAAGUCCUUCCACACCUUGGUGUGCCCGGCCUGCAAACACGCCUGGUUCCACCGGGGCUGCAUCCAGAGCCAGGCUCAGUACACUGCUGUUACUUCCUUCAGCUGCCCCCACUGCAGAAACAGAAAUGGCUUUGUCAAUGACAUGCUCACCAUGGGCAUCCGAGUCCCCACGAGAUUGCUAUCACAGGACAACAGGCCUCCAGCUGAAGCACUAGUCCAGAGGCACAGCCGCUGCGAUGCCCGUGAGUGCCUGUGUCCCGGAGGCCGGGAGCAGGCAGAGGAACAGGGGCCCUGGGAACUGCUGCUGUGCAGCUCCUGCGCUGCCAGGGGCACCCACCGGCGCUGCUCCAGCGUCAGGAACAGCUUUUAUAUUGAGAUAGAACAGUUCAUCAUGAACAGUAAAUAA